CCGGAGACGCCAAAGACCGAUGCUUUGGGGUCAAGCCAGAGAGGAACCGUCCCCUCGUAGAAACGUUUUCCGGGAAAAUCCAAUUUUCCAUUUUCAAGAUCGUCAACGAAAGAGCACAACGGGAUUGAUUUCGUCCUCCUGCUCCGACCAACAUCCGAUCCUUCCUUGCAGGCUUGCACCCGUCAAUCCUCUUCCCUUAUCCCCCACCUUCUCUGCCUCUAACCCGCCGUACCCAUCUUGACAGUUCUCCUCCUGCCAAGAAUGAGCAGGGCAAUCGCAUUUCAUCACCUGUUCUUGUAGCUAAACGGCCCUCCAACCAUCGUCCAACCAUUGAUUUACUUGCCCUGUUGCCGAAAUCUGAUCCCUCUGGUAGAAUUCCCAUGGCGGCUUUGAGGCGCGUGGUCCGGUCGGGGUUCAGUAAUUCCGGGUUCUGCUUGACAAAGCAUCGAGCAUUUAACGUUCAUUCCGGCUCCGGUGCGAAUCCGCAGAUGGGUAGGUUCAAUUACAGGCAGAUUUCUCAGCUCGUUAAGUCCAAUGGGAAGCGCGCGUUCCUCGUCGAUACCUUGGCGCUGGUGAGAAGAUUAGAAGCCCAAGGUGUGCCGUCGAAGCAGGCAGAGGCGAUUACCUCUGCGAUUACAGAAGUAUUGAACGACAGCUUGGAAAACGUGGCUCAUUCUUUUGUUUCGAAAGCCGAAAUGCAGAAGACGGAAAUGAUUCAAGAAUCAAAUCUCUCAAAAUUCAAGUCUGAAGUACAAAGUUCUCAGGAGCAUCACUUCUCUCUGCUGCAACGUGAGACUGAGAAACUUCGAGGUGACAUUGAGAAAAUGCGUAGUGAAUUGAGAUACGAGAUCGAUAAAGUGACUGCUGGCCAGCGAUUGGAUUUAAAUCUCGAAAGAGGGCGUAUUCGUGAUGAACUGUCCAACCAGAAUGCUGAAACCACCAAUCUCACUAACAAGCUUGACCGGGAAAUUCAUGCCUUGAGAGCCCAACUGGAAGCGGCAAAGUACGACGUGAUCAAAUACUGCAUAGGUACCCUGGUGUCCAUAUCUGCUGUUGGACUAGCUGUUGUUCGCAUCUUGAUGUAGGAUGAAGGUCUAUUUGAUCCCCCCAAGAAACCCGAAAUGUCAUUUUUUUAGAGGCAAUUGGGUGCCCCGAGAGUUUGAAGCAUUGAUGUAAGAUUCUUUUGGUAUGUACAGAAACAUCACUGUAAGAUUGAUCAAUUUGGCUUAGAGAGGGAUCGACAAAUUGUAGUAUUUCGUAGUUGCUGUCAUUGUUUGUUUCACAAAAACUGAUCAAACAGAAAAAAAGAAAAAGAAAAGAGGAAAAAGAAAAUGGAAAACAUUUUCCAGAA